AUGGCUUCAGCAGCGACUGCCACACGCCAGGCUGGCCCUGGCCCAGCAUCGGGUGCAGCAAGCACAUCCUCGCGCUCCAACUCUGCUGCUGGUCCUUCUGUAGACACGGCGCAGCCAAUACCAGAACCAUGGGACGGACUCGACACCCGUAUUCUCACCGACUUGGCACGUCGCGGUCUCAUGUCAACACUCGACACCAUCAAAGAGGCCAAGACGCUCAUGCUCGAUCCUUCGCUUGCCGGUCCUCUCGGCCUCGUCGCCGAUGUAUCCAGUCUCAAGCAGCACGGCGUCGAAAAGAUGUUCUGGCUCGAGCCGGCAUCGGCUGCCUUCGUCACGAAGACCGACGCCAGCCAUUCGCAAUCGCAAACGAAAGCAGGCCUCAAAAGCGUCAACGCUCCCACAAAGUCGGUCGUCUACAUCUGCCGUCCAGAGAUCAAGUGGAUGAAAGCCAUUGCUGAACACCUUCGUGCCGAUCGAAGCGUCCGGCCCACGUCGCCCCUGCAGCACACAUAUACCAUCUCGUUCGUGCCCCAUCGAACCGAGCCGUGUCUGCAAUUCCUCGACCAGGAAGCCGUGCUGUCCGACGUCUCGCUCCUCGACUUCGGACUCGAGUUCGUUCCGCUCGACAACGACCUUAUCAGCCUCGAAGAUGACGCAGCCUGGAAGAAGAUCUACUGCGAUGGCGAUCACACUCCCAUCUUCCGCUCCGCACAGGCAUUGAUGACGCUCCAGCAUGCUUACGGGCUCUUCCCUCGCAUUCUUGGGAAAGGCGCUCUAGCACGUCGGUUAGCGGAUCUGUUGAUACGUCAAAGACGGGAACACUUGGCAUCGGAUCCGUCCAGUCCAGCCCUCACUACGCCGAGUCAGCUCAUCGAUAGCCUGAUCAUCAUCGACCGAGCCGUGGACUAUGCCACACCGCUGUGCACCCAGCUCACCUACGAAGGCCUUCUCGACGAAGUCGUCGGCAUCAGCAACGGUCACGUCGAGGUGGAUCCCGCCUUGCUCACUGGUCAAUCGCAGACACCCGGUGUCGGCGGUCAUCCUCACGCCUCCGGCAGCGGCACCCCUCUCCAAAUGACCUCAACGCCCAAGAAGCGCAAGCACCGGCUCGAUCCGCAAACCGACCUACUCUUCGCCGAGAUCCGCAAUCUCAACUUCGCCGUCGUGGGCGACCGUCUGCACAAAGCAGCCAAGCGCCUCAACCAAGACUACGAAGGACGACACGCGGCCAAGACGGUCUCCCAAAUCCGUGCCUUCGUAGGCAAACUCGGCGGGCUUCAAUCCGAACACGCCUCCCUACGUCUUCAUACUGGCCUUACGGAGAAGAUCAUGGAGUGGACCGCCCGCGAAGAGUUCAACCGCAUGCUCGAGAUCCAACAGAACUCGGUGGCGGGUCUCGACUUGACAUCGCAGUACGCGGCGAUCGAGGACAUGAUCAAUGAGGAGCGCGAGUUGGUGGGCGUGCUGAGGUUGUUGUGCCUCACCAGCGUUGUUGGGCUCGGCAGUGUCGCGGGGGGGAUCAAGGCGAAGAAUUUGGAGUAUGUGAAAAGGGAGAUUUUGCAGACGUAUGGGUAUCAGCAUUUGCCGUUGUUGUUGGCGCUGCAGAAGGUGGGGUUGUUGACGCGGGCUGCUGCUGGACCUGCUGUGGGUGGGACCGGUGGUGGGUUGCUAUCAAGCGUCGUCGGUGGUUCCACCGCGGGUGCUGCCGAUGCGGAUACGCGCGGGACGGCCGAAGAGGGUGGAAGGGGAGGCUUUGCUUCGGUUCGCAAGAGUCUGCGUCUCAUCAACGACGACGUCGACGAACGGGCUCCCGCAGACAUCUCGUACGUCUACUCUGGCUAUGCGCCGCUCUCGGUGCGACUGGUGCAAGCGGUAGCGCAGAAGGAAGCGUUGCUCGACAUCACACGCGAUCCGAGACCGACGAAAAACGUCAAGCCGCGCGCACACCCCAUUGUCGGAUGGCGCGGCUUUGAGGAUGCAGUUCACCAGCUACCCGGUGCGACCGUAGACGAGAUUCAGCGUCCCAAUGCAUCCACCGAGGGAGGUCCAGCGCUGAUGCCACCAACGGAUCCAGAUGCGGUGACCACCACCCUCGUGUUCUUCCUCGGCGGCGCCACGUAUACCGAACUCGCCGCGCUGAGGUACAUGAACGCCCAAACGCGCAACAGACGCUUCGUCGUCGCUACUACCAACACUAUUAACGGAAACAAGAUGAUUCGCGAUCUCGCCGAGACACCCAUCUAG